CUUAAUUAAUUAACUAUUAGCAUACAUACAUAUAUAUAUACUAGCUCUAUCUUUAAUUAGAGUACAUCAAUCAAUAAUGGCAAUGAAAUUCAUCAUCAUCCUUUUUGUCGUUGUUUUAGCAGCACCACAAUUAGCCGAUGCUCAACUUUCGGGCCUCCUUGGUUUGAUUAACAUCAAUGGAACCAUAUUUUGCUCUCUCAAUGGCAAUAUCGUCCCCAAUGCUGCAACCCCAACCAUUCCUUUCGCAAAUGCUCUAGUCCAAGUAUCGUGUGGCGGAAAUGUGCUAUCCUCUGCCAUAACGAAUUCAGCAGGAAUAUUCAGCAUCAUUCUGGAUCCGCUCCAAUCUCUUCUGGGCGGCCUUCUAUCAUCGUGCAAUGUCGUCGUUGCUACCCCACUUGCGACUUGUAACGCGAGCCUACCAGCUGUUGGUGUUCUCCAGUCCCCGCUACAAUUAGUGGGGACCACCCUUCGUGGCCUUCUGAGGAUUGUGAAUUUAGUUCCGGUGCUAUUUCAACUUGUCGGAUGAGCUGCCUGAUCGAUCCCUAUAUUUAUGAUCCCAGCAAGCAUGCUGCAUACAUAACUAAAGUUAAUUAAGGACUACAAUGCAUAGUAGUCUUAUAUAUAUA